AUGUGGACCACUGAUGUCCGUCUCCUGUAUACUGUUGGCCCUCCGUAUCUGUGGAUUCCUCCUCUGGGGGUACAAGGGGAGACUAUUGUAGCCUCCUCAACUAUGUCUAAGAUGCUGUGUCAGGAUGUUUACCAAUUUGGUCAGAAGCUGAUCCGCAGGCGGCCUCUGGAGCCCAGGGAAGAGUCUGAGAGCCGCAUGGCUCGUUGUCUGAACACCCUCGACCUGGUGGCCCUGGGCGUGGGCAGCACCCUGGGAGCUGGUGUGUACAUCCUGGCUGGUGAAGUGGCCAAGGACAAAGCUGGGCCAGCGAUUGUCAUCUGCUUCCUGGUGGCCGCCCUGUCUUCUGUGUUGUCUGGGCUCUGCUAUGCCGAGUUUGGGGCCCGGGUACCAUGCUCCGGUUCUGCGUAUCUCUACAGCUAUGUCACAGUGGGACAACUCUGUGCCUUCAUCACUGGCUGGAACCUCAUACUGUCCUAUGUCAUCGGCACUGCCAGCGUGGCCCGGGCCUGGAGCUCCGCUUUUGACAGCCUGAUUGGGAACUACAUGUCUCAGGUGUUACAGGGAACUUUCUCUCUGCAUGUGCCCUACUUCCUGGCCAAGUACCCAGACUUUUUUGCUCUGGGCUUGGUACUGCUGCUUACGGGAGUACUGGUUCUGGGAGCUCGUGAGUCGGCCCUGGUUAACAAAGUGUUCACAGGCUUGAACCUUUUGGUUCUCAGCUUCAUGAUCAUCUCUGGCUUCGUCAAGGGAGAUCUGAACAACUGGCAGCUCACAGAACAGGACUACAAAUUGCACACAUCUGGAUCCAAUGACACCUCUAGCUUGGGCCCUCUGGGUUCUGGAGGGUUUGUGCCUUUUGGCUUCGAUGGGAUUUUCCAAGGAGCAGCUACCUGUUUCUACGCAUUUGUUGGUUUUGAUGCCAUUGCCACUACAGGGGAAGAAGCCCGAAAUCCUCAGCGAUCCAUCCCCUUGGGCAUUGUGAUAUCGCUCUGCAUCUGCUUUUUGGCAUAUUCUGGUGUCUCGGCGGCACUCACCCUCAUGGUGCCCUACUACCAGAUUCAUCCCGACAGCCCCUUACCACACGCUUUCCUCCAUGUCGGCUGGGCCCCUGCCAGAUACGUCGUGGCUGUUGGCACCCUCUGUGCUCUUACAUCCAGCCUCCUGGGUGCCAUGUUCCCUAUGCCUCGUGUCAUCUACUCAAUGGCAGAUGACGGGCUCCUUUUCCGGGGACUUGCCCGGAUCCAUGCCCGUACACGCACCCCCAUCAUGGCCACCUUGGCUUCUGGUACUCUUGCAGGGGUCAUGGCAUUACUUUUCGAGCUCAGUGAUCUCGUGGACCUCAUGUCAAUCGGGACCCUGCUUGCUUAUUCCCUGGUGUCUUUUUCUGUUCUUGUCCUCAGGUACCAACCAGACCAGAAUUUAAGCAAGAUUGAGAAAACAGAGAAAGGAACUGAGAUGAAGCCUGUAGUUGAAGAAAGCCCUUUGGAAUCUGUACCUGAAGCAGGAACCUCAAAGAUUCUAAAGAGUCUGUGUGACCCUAUCAACACCAUCCCCACUCGGAAAUCUGGCCAGAUUAUCUAUGGAUGUGCCUCGCUGCUUGUUCUCCUGCUGACGGUCCUGAGCCUGAUCCUGGCCCAGUGGCCCAGCCAUGUGUUCUCUGGAGACCCCGUGUAUACAACAGCAGCUGUGCUGCUGCUACUGUUCAUCACUGGGGUCACUGUCAUCAUUUGGAGGCAGCCCCAGAGCCCCACUCCUCUUCACUUCAAGGUUCCUGCUUUACCUGUCCUCCCGCUGAUGAGCAUCUUUGUGAAUGUUUACUUGAUGAUGCAGAUGACGUCUGGGACUUGGGCCCAAUUUGGUGUCUGGAUGGUGAUUGGAUUUGUCAUAUACUUUGGAUAUGGGAUCCGACACAGCUUGGAGAAGAAUAAUCGACAGCCACCAGCCUCCAACUCCCAGACUUUUGACAAAAACAUCCCUGGUGCUGAAUCAUCUUAACCACAGGCCAUAGAUGCUGUGUGGAAUCCCACCAUGACUGGAGGUAUCUUCUGGUUCAAGGGGCACUCUGAGGCUCUAUGGAGUGUGAAGGUGGGAUGCAUUUACAGCCCUAUAUUUAAUGCCAGUGGACAAAAUGAC